ACUUGAUAUUUAAUCGACUGAUCAGAAAAAAGUAUAGUAUAUUUAAAAAUUAACAAGUGUGGUACAAGAUAUUGAUCACAUAGAGGAAAUCAAUUACAUCAUAUCAAUCAACUGUCUUCAAUAUUUCAGCUCCGCGACCCGCGAAAAGCUACAUGCUAAACGAGACACGAGUGCAGGGUACAGGUCCGCUUUCAGAAGUCGCGAAAAUGCCCAACAUUAAGGUCUUCGCAGGAACUUCACAUGUAGAUCUUGCAAACAAGAUAUGUACUCGUCUGGGUAUUGAACCUGGCAAGGUUAUAACUAAAAAAUUCAGCAAUGGCGAGUGUUGUGUGGAAAUUGGAGAGUCAGUGCGUGGAGAAGAUGUGUACAUAGUUCAGAGUGGGUGUCGAGAGGUGAACGACAUGUUGAUGGAGCUACUGAUUAUGAUCAACGCAUGCAAGAUUGCCUCUGCCUGUCGCGUCACUGCUGUAAUCCCUUGCUUUCCCUAUGCCCGACAAGAUAAGAAGGACAAAAGUCGAGCACCAAUAUCUGCCAAGCUUGUGGCCAAUAUGUUGUCUGUAGCUGGUGCAGACCAUAUCAUCACCAUGGACCUUCAUGCAUCUCAGAUUCAGGGGUUUUUUGACAUUCCUGUGGACAACCUGUACGCAGAACCUGCUGUUCUCCGAUGGAUAACAGAUCAUAUCCCAGACUGGCGCAAUUGCUGCAUUGUCUCACCUGAUGCAGGAGGAGCUAAGAGGGUGACAGCCAUUGCAGACAGACUAAAUGUGGAUUUUGCUCUGAUCCAUAAAGAGCGAAAGAAGGCUAAUGAAGUGGCCUCUAUGGUGUUGGUCGGUGAUGUGAAAGAUCGCAUUGCCAUUCUGGUAGAUGAUAUGGCGGAUACCUGUGGAACGGUGUGCCAUGCAGCCGAGAAGUUGCUAGAAGCAGGUGCGCAGAAAGUAUAUGCUAUAUGUACGCAUGGCAUUUUCUCGGGCCAAGCACUUUCUCGCAUCAAUGACUCCAUGUUUGAGGCUGUGGUUGUCACCAACACCAUUCCCCAAGACCUGAACAUGAAGGAGGCACCUAAAAUUAAGUGUUUGGACAUCUCUAUGAUACUGGCUGAAUCUAUUCGACGCACACACAAUGGAGAAUCUGUAUCCUAUCUCUUCAGCCAUGUGCCUAUGUAGUGCAAGCCACUUUUUUUUUUUCUUGCUUUUACCCUGGUUUAUUUGCUCAUGAGUUCUUAAUUCAAAUUUGCAUUGGAUGACCUUUUUUUAAAAAUAAUUCAGAGUUAAAAAAUAUUUACUUUGAGCUGAAGACACAUUCCUUGUUAUCAAACAGCAAAGAAAAAUACUUACAAAUAUUAAAAAUUGAAUAAAAGCAAUAACCUGCAUGCCUGAUCUCGAGGGGGGAAAUGGGACAAAAACAUGGAGACUCAAAGCUUUACAGUGGUAAAAACAUUUAAAAAAUUUGGGUUGCUGUUUUCUGCACAAACUGGCAUGCAGGUGACAGCACAUCAGCACAUGACAUUGCUAGGGAUUGUAUGGUGGCUUUUCCCUCCCACACACCAUUUAUUCUGCAAAUAUCAGAUUUGCUGUGGAUCCUAUCUUACUUUUCCUUUUUUUCCCAUUGGCCUCAAUCUAUUGCCCAUUCCUUGAACUUCAUCACCCACUCCACCAGCAAGAGCAAUCAUCUUUAUUUCACACGCACAUUACAGAAUGGCUUGUAUAGCAUUGUUACUGGGAAAAAGAUACUCAAAUUAGUCUAAUCUUCAUAUGGUUUUUAAUGGUUCACAGUAAUUUUCAUCUGUAAUUUUACAUACACAUUCCGUUUGUGUCUUGCAGGUGAAACUUAACUAGAUUCUGCAUUGCUAUCUUGAUAAUAAAUGCUGGUUUUCUUUCAGUGUUUGUUGUCCAUGGUCUGUACAUUUUAUUAUCCAUUGUAUGUUUUUGCUAGUGUUAGGUAGGGCUUUGAUAGAGCUUGUUCUUUUGAACAGGCAUUUCAUUUAUUAAAAUUAUUUGCAAUGUAAUUAAAAUGCAGUCUUUUUAUUUGUAAAAUUGAAUUUAGAUGUUUCCUGCAGUUGUUAGUUAAAUGCCCCUGCAAACAUUAAACUGAUCAUUAGCCAGAUGUAUUACCAGUCAAUCAUGUGUUUAAUGGCAGCUGGGGGUAAAAGGGUUAAUUACUGAUAUCAAUUCUUGUCUGCAGCUUGUUGGUAUUAGGUGGUAUAGUUUGCUUGUGCAUGUUAUUAGAUAAAGAUAUUGUAAAAGGAUGUAUUGUAUUACAUGGACAACAGCCUGUCUAAAUAAAAGGGUAUGUUGUGAAGGAAUGUACCUCUUGCUAUGUGCAAAAUUUUCAGAGGCUAGGUUAAGGGCUAGGCUACGAUGUGCAUUUUGCUUGUUAACAGUUACUAUUUGUUACCUUGUAACCAUCCCCCAAAUCCCCUUAGUAUGAUUUCAGUGAUGUAUGUCAGUACUGCAGAGGCUUUAGCAAAACACUUUACAUGGCUUAUGCUUGCGAAAAGAAAAGAUAAAAAGUGAACAUCAGUCCAUGACUUUUAGGGUCAGUUUUACAUUGAUUCAACCAAGAUUGAAACAUCCUGACAUCCUGGAUUGAGUUAACGAUGGAGCUGACUACAAGAAUAGUUUUAUGUAAAGUUAAUCUCAAGCUGUUAAAAUGAAUGAAUGUGCUAUUAGAAAAAGUUCUUGUUUUGUUAGAAUGUGGGAACCAGUUAAUUUUCCAGCUUGGCAAAGCAAAUGGAUGUUCUUUAUAAUGCAGUAAAGCUUUGAUGAGGAGUAUGGUUGCAUUCCAAAAAUAAAUGAGCCCAGUUAGCUUAUCAAGAAAUGUUAUUAUUUAGCUUAAAAAGUGCUGAGAAAUAAUUUUGAAAAGAAUAUGGUCUUAGAAAUGCCAACACUCAAAGAUUAUUCCUGAAACAUUUUUAUUCUAAAGCAUCGUAAGACUGUCCUUAGGACCAGGAUAUGGCACUAUAUAAAUUCAUUGCAUUAAACAUUUGGGUUUGGGGCGUUUUAUGUUUUAAAAUAUAGGUUAAAAAGCAUUAUUGAAAUACCCCCUUGAUUGGCCUAUAUAACAAAGAUUAUUUGUUUCUUGGUAUAGUUGGUUGUGUGAGCAUUAGCCAGAGAAAAACUAAUGUAGAUAGUAUUAUCUAUGUUCCUAAAUUCCAUCAUCGCAGAAUUUUGCAUAUUGUUGUGCACGUAUUGUGGUGUUGCAAUCCUAAUUUUAAGAUGACUAAUGCAAAAGUCAUGAUAAGAACUUGCAAAAGGAAAUUACUUGAAGUAGCAGCUAUAUCUUGUUUAUAGUCUAUCUCAGAUGUAUUUGAUUUAUUGAAUCGAUUCUUAACUGUUCUGUGUUGAAUCAAGUGAAAAAUAAGGUUUAUUGAUCAUUUCAGGUGUUUAAAAGAACGUUUACUUGAAAAAUUUCCUCACCUUUUGUCUUGUAUUCUAUGACUAUCUUGCUUUGAUUCUAUGCAGCUAGAUUAAUGAUUAUGUUGUUUCAUGUCUUGUUGCAUGAAUAUAUACUUUAUCGUGCUACCCUUUAUUAAUGUGAGUUAUAAAACUAUGUGAAGACACAAUUUCCGUGUUUCUCAUAUUGCUGUCACACCAUGAUCUUCACCGAAGACAUUAAAUUGCAGUAAGGAUUAUUAGCAUUCAUUGGAUGCUGUACAUAAAUAUUCUCGGCAACAGUAAAGUUUUGUACUGACUUGUCACUGCCAAAUAUUGAAGUAAAUUUAAAAGUGUUUGGAGGCUGGUGUGCAAAAGGUGCAGCCAAAAGUAACACAAAAUGUUGACAUCAUGUAUGUGCAUUGUGUUCCUUAUUGUUCACAUAGUUAUAUAAAGGACUAAUUUUGUGAUAGCCACCUUUGGUGAAGUUGAAAGCAUAAUUAUGCAGUUCAAAUUGUGUUCAUGUUAUUGAUGUACGAGUUCCCACACAUGCACACAAACACACUCCGAUCCUGUUUUUCAAACUUAUUACCCUAGACACAAGAAUUCAGCUUUGAUGUAACAUUUUUGCUGCCAACUUGUCUGGAAGAUGGAAAACUGGGUUGGUUUGGUUUUUUAAAAAUAUUUUGUGACUAGUCUUUUUCAGUUUAGUUUAUUUUUCUUAAUACCCAGUGUUUAUAUUGCAUGCCAAUGCAGAAAAAAAAAUAUUUCUGAGAAUACGUCCAGUAUUAUUUUAAGCUUUAUUGAUUCCAAAGAGAAUAUUUCUUGAAAAGCAACUUCGUUUAUUUAGGAUCAACCCAUAACUGAAUUUGUGUGAUACUGUACAUUUUGAAAAUUGCACCAAGUCUUUCUGACAAUAAUGCAGCUAUAAAAUUUUUACAGGCAAUUCGCCCUGUGUUACACCCUCCCUAGGAUAGCUAGCAUAAAACAUUAGGACAUCUGGCUUGAAAAAUACUGUUAUAAUAGUCUUCCCUCGAGUUGACUUAUCUAAACAUUUGACCCCUUUAGAGAGCUGUACACGAUAGCAAGACUCAGUUUUUCAAAACAAUAAAAUGUAUUAACACUUUGAGCACUGACAGCAAACUUGCACUUGUGACACAGCAGCUUGUCUAAAGGAUGUUUUGUAUUUUUUAAAAAUCUGGAGAUACUUUUUACAUGUAGGUGGUAAGUAUUAACUUAAUGCAGCAGGACUGACAGGACACAAGUCGUGAGAAUAUCUUUGCUACCUUAUUAGCCCUAAUCUACCAUGCUAAUAAUAACUGACAAUGGUGGUUAAAGUGUUCGAGCUAUACUUUUUUUUUUUUUUUUUUUUUUUUUUUUGGAAGGGUGUAUGGAAGUGAUAAUUGUUAUUCUUGCAUGAUUUUUAUUUUAUUCUUAAAAUUAUUUUACAGCAUUUAAGAACAGUCUAAUCAUUAACCGGUAUUUAAUCUUAACCCAUAAUUUUGUGUUGAUCUUUUUUUGUCUGUCAUUUCUAUUUACACAAGAUCAGCUUGACUAUAUCCUUUGUCCAUUCAAUCUAGACUCUUCUACCUCUUCCCCAGCUUGUGUGAGUUUUGAGUGACUGAAAAGAAUUUCCAAAAUAUAUAGGCUAUUCUGUGGCAUGUCAUUUAACAUUAUUUUAAAAUGGGGUAUUGCUGAAUACAUAAAAGUCCUGAACUUCAAAUUUGGUAAAACUUAUCCUACUUUUUCAGAUGUGACUUGUACACUUCUUUGUACAUUAUGCAGAAUUAUUUAUUUAGAGAAUACUGGUUAUGGUAGAAGAAAUGCAUUGUAUGUUGGUUUUUUUUUUUUUUUUUUUUUUAGUUGUAAGAAAUGUUUCAAAAUGUCUCAUUUAUAUACAUUCAAAAGUGCAUUCUUGCAAAUCCUUAUCUACAUUCUUAAUAAAGUUAUGUCUAGGGUUUCAGAUUUUAUUGGAUAAAAAAUGCAUUGUACGGUUAAGAGUAAGACUUUUACAUUAGUAACUUAGCUUGUGGAGUGUAGAUUUUCCAUGACUUACAAAAGACAUAUGUAACCCAGGUUUUAUUAUGAGAUUUGAAUGCUUUUUAAGCAAAUUGCACAUACAGUGGAUGACUGCAAAGUCUCUUUAGAAGUUGUCAUUUUGGAGAAUAUUUGUAAGUAAAAAGCAACGAGUUUAAAAGGGUUGGCAGUUGUUUUUUAGUGUUCAGUUUGUUCUACUACCUUUUGCAUUAACUUACUAUGAUGGACCUUUGUUAAUAUGCAAAAUAUAAAAUAAGAUUUGCCUUCCCUUUUGUUUUGAGCUUGAUGUUCACAUUUUAAGAAGCAAAAAAGGGGAUCGGGGGAACCAAAUUACUGCACUGCCACAUGGAUUUCUUUCAGCAAUAAACGUUUGAGUUGUG